AUGGCUAGCUUCACUGAGAACUCCUUCCCGGCCGGAUACGAGAGCGACGCGAGCAACGACGAGUGGGACAUCGGGUCCUGUUUGGAUGGGAAGGCUCUCCCCAACAAGCAGGAUGGGGAUGACGCUCCCCCACAAGAUAAUGAGUCAUUGUUGAAAAGAGCCAUCAAUACAGGAGACGUUGGGACUGUUCAACAGCUGCUGGACGACGGCGUGUCCGUGGAGACCCGGCUCGGCUUUGACUGGACCCCUCUGAUGUGCGCCGUCGCCGUGGCCAACCACGACCUGGCCAAGCUGCUCCUGGACAGAGGGGCCAGCGCCAACUUCAGCAAAGAACACUGGACGGUGCUCAUGGCCGGCUGCACGGCGUCGGCCAGCGAGGACAACAUCGCCCGCUGUGUGGAGAUCCUGCUCUCCAGAAAUGCCGAUCCCAACAUGGUGGACAGGUCUGAAAUGACCUGCCUGAUGCUGGCGGCCAGGGACGGCUACAGUAAGGUCAUCAACCUGCUGGUCUCCCAUGGGGCCGAGGUCAACGUGCAGGACAGCAACGGCUACACGGCUUUGUCGAUGGCGGCGCAGUACGGCCGAGAGCAGGCCGUGCUGAAGCUCCUCCAGCUCGGAGCGGACAAGACUUUGAGGCUCAAGACCGGCGAGAGCCCCGCCGACCUGGCCGUGAGCUUCAAACACACACAGAUAAGCAGGAUCCUGGCGUCCUCGUCUCACAUCUCCAGCGUCCAGGCCUUCAGCUCCAUGGAGGAGACGCUCUCAAAGUUCUUCAAGACGAACUCUGAACCGACACCUUCAACGGAAAGCGUGACGAAGCUCAACGACCUCGAGCUCCUGCUUCACGGCCUCGGCCUCGGCUACCUCGCCGACGUCAUGGCCGAACAUGACAUCACCUGGAGCUACCUGCUGACCAUGGAGAAGGAGGACCUGGCUAAGGUGGGCAUCAGCGACCCUGAGCAGCAGAAGGUUCUGGGAGCCGUGCAGCAGAUGCACCUGGACAAAGUGGACCUGGACACCAUCGGCCUGCCGGGCCUCGCAGACAGCGGGGUGGAGGACCUGCAGACCUUCCUGCUCAGCGUGAGGCAUCAGUGCUGCUACCUGACGGAGACGGUGCAGGACGUCAUCGGGCGCUUCCCUCGCCACGCCUCGCAGCUCGUCUUCUCGCUGGACCCCAAGAGGGAGGACCAGGCCGCCUGCAACCAGCUGGUGGUCCAGACCAGAGACCUGCAGAAGGAGGUCACCUGCCUCCGCAAUCUGCUGUGCCAGAUGAACGGGGCCUCGGAUGUCUUCCAGCGGCCUCAGCCCGGUUCCCGUAGCAACGGGCGGAUGUGGUUGGCCAGCGUCUCCCUGCUGGGCGCCGCCCUGCUGCUCUACAAGGCGGCCGGCGGGAGGCUGAAGCUGCUUCACUUAAUCCGCUCGCUGUAAUAUUGUCAUCAUAAUGGUGUUAUUGGUUGUUCAUGACCUUAUAAGGACUGUUGACAAGACGACGUUUGGUUUGUUUACAUGUCCUGCUGCUUCCUUUCACACGUUGCUCCAUCAGACUUUGAUUUAUGUGUUUUUUUUGUGUUUUAAAAAUUAAAGUUUCUAUUAAAGAGCA